AUGAAUUCAAGAUGCGCAGCUUGCAAAUAUCUGAGAAGAAGGUGUCCUCCAGAUUGUAUUUUCUCUUCAUAUUUUCCUUCAAACGAUCCUCAAAGAUUUGCUUCUGUCCAUAGAAUUUAUGGUGCCAGCAAUAUUGGAAAGAUGUUGCAGCAAAUUCCACUACAUUUGAGGGCAGAAGCAACGGAGUCAAUGUAUUAUGAGGCACAAUGUCGAGUUGCAGACCCAGUGUACGGGAUUGUGAAGACCAUAUCUCUACUAAAUCAGGAGAUACACCAUGCCCAAAGCCAAUUAGCAAAGGUUCAAGCUCAGAUUGCAUUCUACAAUGCUCACGUGCAUGGUAACAACAAAAUUCAAAAUGUUGAGCUCCCUUCUUCCAACUUCAACAACUCCUUGGCAAACCAAGGCGAUGCCUUCCCUCACCCAACUCUACCGCUCUCCAUCCGACCAUCUUGGUCCAUGUAG